AUGUCCUGUCCUACGACCAACUCCAAUAUAACUGAUACAGACGAAGAUGUGUUUUUCAGUCCUGACGGUAUACAUUGGGAUGCCCAUCGUAUAGGUUGGGCAGUAGCAGGAGGAUGUGCCGCUCUUACAACAUUGAUAACGCUGUUUAACCUCACGAUGCACGCGAUACGGUAUCAGCAUCCUCCCGCUCAGAGGCAGGUCAUGAGGGUAUUACUGAUGCCUGCUGUCUAUUCGAUCGUAUCAUUCUUCUCGUAUAGGUACUACAGGGAAUACGAAUAUUAUAUCUUAGCAGAGACCGCCUACGAAGCCGUCACGUUAUCUGCUUUCUUGAUGCUCCUCAUGGAGCUGGUCUCCAUGGGUACAACAGACCAGCAAAUCAAGACAGCUUUGGCAGAGAAGGAUAAAAAGAAGUUUCCAUUUCCAUUUAACUUUCUUCGAUUCAGAGCUUCCAAACCAUAUUUUUGGCAUGCGUUGAGUUUCAGCGUCAUGCAGUAUGUCAUACUGAGACCUCUGAUUUCUAUCAUCGGGAUCAUAUGUCAAUAUUACGGUGUCCUAUGCCCCGAAGAAUAUUCUGUCCAUUACGCCGAGGUGUAUCUUGACGCCGUGGACUUCGUCUCGAUCUCGGUAGCCCUGUACGGUUUGAUUGUGUUUUACGUGCUGUGUAAAGAUGAGUUGAAAGGUCGUAAACCGUUGAACAAGUUCCUGGCCAUCAAAUUGAUUGUCUUCUUCACUUUCUAUCAAUCCUUCCUAUUCUCGAUUCUGCAGACCUACGGGGUCAUCAAAGGCACUGCCUUAUGGACAGCUACCAACGUCUCCAACGGUCUAGCAGCGCUGUGCACGUGUGUAGAAAUGGUCUUCUUCAGUAUUUACAUGGGUUGGGCCUACAAUUGGACUGAUUAUACCGACCCGUUGAAGAGCCCGUAUCAACGUCGUACCUCUUUCAAAACGUAUUCACAAGCUAUAUGGGACACAAUCAACCUAGCAGAUUUCGGUAGGGAGAUCUACCUCGCGUGCAAAUUCUUAGUGGAUUAUAUAAGAGGCAAACCGGGUACUCAUUCGAGUAGUACAAAGUUACAGAAGACAUUCAUGCCUGAUACGAUCGUAGACGAAGAUCGACCUCAAGAACUAUCGAACUUGAAGACCGGGUAUGCAAACAACCAGAAGCUCGAUUCCAAUCCGACAGACCAACGAGGAGGUUUCACGUCAUCUCCACCACCCCAGCAACAGCAUCAGCAAACUAGGAGAUCAUCCAGUGGUAACAUGACCCCUACCUUGAGAUUUACCAAGUCGUAUCAACGCUUGCAGGAAGGUAACCCUCAGUACACACCUCAAGGACAAGAAGCUUUCCCAUCUGCUCAUCCUACUGGGACCAAUCAGUACACCUCAUCCGCGAAUGAUUGGUCUCAUCCGAAUCAGACAAAUGUGCAGUGGCCCGAAGCCAGACCUAAUGCGGCGUAUCCUGCUGAUACUGAUGCUCGAGAGAUGGGUCAGAGACAGGGUCAGAGAGGAUGGGAAGGGCUUUCACACUCGCAGAGAUCGAGAGGAUAUAAUUAUAACCAGCCAGAUUCGUAUCAUGGUGACGAGGGUAUACCUGGUAACCCUAAGCUGUUUUAG